AUGGAACUUAUGCAGCUGAAGCAGGGUAACACAACUGUUGCAGAAUAUGCCCGUAAGUUUGAUGACUUGUGCCGUUUCUCCAAGAUCUGCCAAGGGAAUCCUGCUGACUUUGAACAAUGGAAGUGUUUGAAGUUAGAAGGGGGCCUUCGUGAGGAUCUGAUGAGUUCAAUAGUUCCAUUGGAGAUACAAAAUUUUGCUGAGCUGGUUAAUAAGUGUAAGUUAGUGGAAGAAUGUGCUAAGAAGAUAAUUGCCUCUAAAGCAAGUUGUCAAGGAUUUCCACCAAGGAACUACAAUAGCUAUAAUUGGCAACCACGAAGGACAAACUUCAAGACACCUGGUGUGCCACAGCGAAGGAAUCCACAAGCUGGUAACGUUCCUGCUCGCUCUGUGGGUGGAAACGGAGGUAGACCGAGGCAGGAUAAUGGCAAACGACCUCAACAGGUGCAGGUGAACACUACAUGCAAGCGAUGUGGGAAGGAUCAUGGUAUUAAGCCGUGUUUGUUUGGAACAUUCAAUUGUUAUAGAUGUGGAGGAACUGGACAUAUUGCUAAGGAAUGCCCAAAGAUAUUCGCUUGGAAUCCAAUACGAACCCAGCAACAAGGUCGAGUGUUUGCCAUGACUGCUGAUGAUGCUAUGCAAUCAGACGCCCUGAUCCAAGGUCAGUGUUACGUCAAGAAUCGAUUUCUAACUGUACUGUAUGAUUCGGGUGCAUCGCAUUCUUUUAUUUCUUUAACUGUUGCUCGUGAGUUGGGACUAGAUUUCUCUGAGUUGAACUUUGAUCUAGUUGUCCAUAAACCUGCGUCCCAAAAUGCUUUGACUAGUAUAGAUUGCCUGCAAACGUCCCAAAAUGCUUUGACUAGUUUAGUGUGCCUGCAAGUACCAUUCACUAUUAGGAACAGAACUUUUAUACAUGAUCUAAUCUGUUUGCCUCUCUGUGGUUUAGAAGUUAUUCUAGGAUUAGAUUGGUUGUCCAAGUAUCAUGUUUUCCUUGAUUGCUUUGAAAGAACUGCUGUUAUUCCGUCUGAUAGUUUAGAUAUUAAACCAUUUUUGUCAUAUACCUUAUAUCUGAAUUCUGUAAGAGUUACCUUAGACAGGAGUGAUUGUGAGGGGUACGUUCUGUUAGCGGCUAGCUCAAAUGACAGUGAAGUAAACUUAGAACAAAUCCGAGUGGUGAAGGAAUUUCCUGAUGUUUUCCCGGACGACAUACCUGAGUUUUCUCCUCAGCGGGAGAUAGAAUUCAGCAUUGAACUUGUACCUAGAACCGGACCAAUUUCCAUAGCACCGUACCGGAUGUCACCACUGGAACUUGCAGAGUUGAAGAAGCAGUUGGAUGAGCUACUUGGGAAGAAAUUUAUUCGUCCCAGUGCAUCACCUUGGGGAGCUCCGGUAUUGCUAGUAAAGAAGAAGGAUGGUGGAAUGAGACUUUGCGUAGAUUACCGACAAUUAAAUAAAGUCACUAUCAAGAACAAGUAUCCACUUCCACGAAUAGAUGAUUUGAUGGAUCAGUUAAAAGGUGCAACUGUGUUUUCGAAGAUUGAUUUGCGACCGUGCUAUCACCAGAUUCAAGUGAAAGAGUCAGAUAUACCGAAGACUGCAUUUAGAACUUGA